AUGCCGUUUGUCAACGCUCUCGGCCACAAACGUUCCCAGGCGGGAACCUCGCCCUCCAGCCACAAGCGAUCAAAGCCUCGGUUUCCGAAGACUCCUGCCCUGAAGGACGUUCUGUAUGAUGGCCACACAUCCAACUCACUUGAAUCGGCGAGCACAACUUGGUCAAAAGCAAGUGUCAAGAGUCAGAUUUUGAAAAGAGUUUCCACUGUCAAGACGAUCCUGGGUUUGAGCCAUGUACACAGCCUCUCUACGCCCCAAAAUCACUCUGAGCCGGCUUUAACCCUUUCGCAAAGCUUUCCUACAACGUACCUCGUGGAAAACGACUCCGAAGCCACCACUGUGCACCGCCCUUUGAAACUCCGACUGGCGCGGAUGGCUGACAUUCCAGAAAACCAUACAUCAAACGCAGUGACUUCGACUGAUCCGACCAAUGAUCGGAAAAUAGAAGCAGGAUUUCCAAAUGACAAACCGUUCCAUCGGACACUCCGUCGAAGUCAAUCAUUGCCGGGUCUACAACAACGGAUCUCUCAGAGGCUGCAACAAGCAUUCGGAACACCAAACACCACAGUUGUUAUUAGAUCAGAGCUUCGUUCACGGCCGAGUCUCAAGACUUUUACUAGGGAGUUGAACAGAGUGAAUUCCAUGCAGCUUUCGUCUAGCCCGUCCACAUUGCACAGCGGAAGUGGCUCCCCAAGACAUAGAUUCGUGUCAACGCCGCCUACAUCUGAGCCCGUUUCAACUAGCUCUAUUUCUUGCCCUGAAGCGACGACUCUACUCGAUCUAGAUCGUCAGCCUCAUUCUAGCGAAUAUCGCCUCCUCACCCCAAUACCAGAGGCUGAUACACUGCCUGCAUGCUCAAUCUUGACGGUUGAAAAUGCCGCUGCAGCCAGGUCAUUUUUUGAGAUACAUUUCAAUUCAGUAUUGAACGAGACAACACCGCGCGAAGUUCGCAGGUGGAACUUGCACAGGUCGCUUGGAGAAUUGCAGCUUCCCUUGGAAACCCAACAUCAGGCUUACAAAGCAUGGCUACAUGCAGAAAGCGAUAACCUCAGGCAAGCUCGGCUCUUGAAAAACACCGAGAACUGUGGAAAAGCUAUGCAAGGUGUCACGGUUAGAGGCUUUGAAAUUGUGAAAGUGUUGGGGAAAGGCAGCUUUGGUGCCGUUCGUCUAGUGAAGGCGAAGGAAAUGACGACUUCAUCAGUCUCAGAAUUAUCUCAGACCAACGAAAAGCUUUCGCCCCGCAAAUCAUCCCAAUCAAACUUUGUCUCAGCUACACAAGCUCUUCAGGGACCCAUGGUAAAAAAUUGGCGGACUUUGAGCACUCCCACAACUCAAGUAUUUGCGAUGAAAGUCAUCCGCAAAUCUGACAUGAUCCGAAACAGCCAAGAAGGCCAUCUACGCGCUGAGCGGGACUUGCUAGUUGGAGCAGUUGGCUCACAGUGGAUUAUACAACUAGUUGCGGCUUUUCAAGAUCGAAAUAAUUUGUAUCUGGUGAUGGAAUAUUGCAUUGGUGGCGAUUUUCUUGGUCUUUUGAUACGCAGAAAUACCCUACCCGAAAACGAAACCAGAUUCUAUAUUGCAGAAAUGAUCCUUUGUCUAGAAGAAGCCCAUCGCAUGUGCUGGAUUCAUCGAGACGUUAAGCCAGAUAAUUUCCUCAUCGCAGCUGAUGGCCACCUCAAGAUAUCUGACUUUGGCCUGGCUUUCGACGGUGAAUGGUGGCACGACCAGAGGUUCCAUCACGAGCCUCGACACACAUUGAUGGACAAGCUCGGGCUUACUCUAGAGGGUGAUGAUCAAGAUAGACGAGAGCGUCGCGCCACAGAGCCGAGACGCCACGCAGAGAGGGCUUAUAACGCCCUCGAUCGAAAUACAUCCUACCCACAUUCAGUCCUGAGGAAUCAACCCGAAGGAGAUGAACCGAUCCUUGAUUGGCGCAAUCGUUCUCAGCGUCGGCGUCUUGCGCGAUCGGUCGUCGGGACAUCGCAAUAUAUGGCUCCAGAAGUCGUCCGUGGUGAAAUGUAUGACGGUCGUUGCGACUAG